CAACUGCUAAUAUAUACACUAUACUACGCCUCUGCCCUCCCCCGGGCCGCGGAGUCCAGACGGUAGCUUGGUCCACUUCUCUAUUCUCCUCCGCCGUCCUUCCGUUCGUCUCGAUGCUAACGCUACUGCUCGUCAUUCUCCCUUCCCACACGUAGUAGAAAAAAAAACCCAUCCAUCCCGCUUCCUUGAUUCAGCCUAGGACGACUGAAUCAAACCCAUACGUGAUCGGAGGAGUUGGAUUGCCUCCCGCCUCUCGGAGGUCGCUUCCAUCUAUUAAUCAAGAAAUUCCAAACUUCUCGCCCAAAUCCGUGCGGACUUGGUGAAGCAGGGUAAAUUGGGCCAGGAGACGUCGGUCCCGGCCACGGAGUCCCCCUCCCCUUCAGGCCGUUCUUGUUGGGGGAGAUAAAAGGAUUCGGUGCGUCUGAUCGGAGGCGUGGGAGAGAAGGCCUCGGCAGACGUUGUUGGCUCGUGCUCUUCUUCGACGGACGGAGGCUGUCGUGCUGGAGAGGUUAAAGUGUUUGGUGUUUCGUGUUGAACUGUGCGCGUGCGGUGGUUGCUUCGUUUGGUGGUAUAUGGUAGAACUGUAGAUUUUGAUCUGGACUGCGUGAAGCAAAAGAAGGGAAAAAAAAAAAGAAGAUUCGGUUUUGGAGUGAAGUUGUGGCUAGUCGGGAAUCGCAAGGAAGAUGAGUUCCGGGUCGGCGGUGACAGGCGGUGGUGCGGAGGAGGCGGCGGCGGUGCCGCUGGGGCAGAAGCUGAUUGUGCACGUGGCGGAGAACGGCCACACCUUGGAGUUCCAGUGCGGCGGCGACACGCUCGUCGAGGCCAUCCAGCACUCCAUCCAGCUCCACUGCGAAAUACCCCCUGCCGAUCAGCUCCUCCUCUGCGGCAACAUCUCCCUCGACGGCGCCAACGCGCUCGCCACCUACAAGCUUCCGCGGGACGACCGUGAGGUCUUCCUCUACAACAAGGCCCGGCUCCUUGCGGACUCCCGGCCCCCGGCGCCGGAGUCCCUCUACAUCCCUGAGCCAAAUAUUCCUCCGCCGCCCCGGCCGCAGGGCUCACCACCUUCGGACGCAUCUGCAGACCCCGCGCUGAAGGCGCUGGUAUCCUAUGAAACAAGAUUCAGAUAUCACUUCCAGGUCGCCAAUGCGGUGUAUCAAUCUAGUUUGGCAAAAUUUGAGCUGUGCAGGCGGCUUCUGCGGGAGGGGCAGGUCCAGGAGCGAGCGCUGGACACAGCAGGGAGCAACCUAGAGCACACAUUCCGGAAACUCUCACAGAGGUAUUCAGAAUUUUUGCGGUGCUUCACACAACAGCACCGUUCACAUGUUGAGAUGCUGGCCAAUUUCGAGAGAGAUGUGCAGAAGCUGCGUGCUGUUAGGCUGCACCCAGCCCUGCAAAGUGAGGGGCGGCAUUGCUUGAUGGACCUUCUCAAGGAAAAUGACCUGAGGAAAUUGGCUGACGAAUGCUUCUGCUCACAUAAGAAGUUUGAGGUUAAGGUGUCACAGCUGAAGGCAAACUUCUUGGAGCUGAAGAAGAGGGUGGAAGGCUUAUUCCAUGCCAUGAGCUCAGGUGGGUGCAAGGAUGUUGAGAAGCUGAUAAAGGAGCACCAGGGAGUCAUUGGUGACCAGAAGAUCAUCAUGCAAGCUCUAAGCAAAGAUGUGGACACCUCAAAGAAGCUUGUUGAUGACUGCUCAAGUUGCCAGCUAUCUGCUUCUCUCCGUCCUCAUGAUGCAGUCUCAGCGGUUGGCCGUAUCUACGAAGUGCAUGAAAAGGAUAACUUGCCCAGUAUACGGGAUUUUGAUCAGAGGCUUACAAAAUUGCUUGAGAAAUGCAAGGACAAGAAGAAUGAAAUGAAUACUUUGGUCCAUGUUUGCAUGCAAAGAGUAAAAUCUUCUCAGAUUAGUAUCAAAGGCAUGAUGAGUGAACUCGUUGCAUUCCAAGAGGUGAUGGGUCAUCAAGAAGAUUUUGAUAAUCUGAAAAUAGUCAGUGGCUUGGGUCAUGCAUAUAGAGCUUGUGUCGCCGAGGUAGCCAGGAGGAAAUCGUAUUUUAAGCUGUAUACUGGAUUGGCUGGAAAAUAUGCUGAAACGUUGGCAAUCGAGUGUCAAAACGAGAAAACAAGACGAGAGGAUUUUCAUAGGACAUGGAGCAGGUACAUUCCAGAUGAUGUCAUGUGUUCCAUGGGACUCUUUGAUUCUCCAAGCCAGUGUGAUGUAAAAGUUGCUCCUUUUGAUCUUGAUCUUCUUCCCAUUGAUGUUGAUGAUGUGGAAAAGCUUGCUCCCCAGUCUAUACUGGGUUCUUUUUUAAAAUCUGAGAGAUCACAGCUAGCAAAGCCUUUGCUAAGCAAUUCUACCAGUGGAAAUUUGAACAAAUCUGAACAACAUUCUCUGAGUGCUGAUGAUAAGAUGGAUUUCCAAGAUUUUCUGGGGGGCUAUGAUACUAUUGACAUUGCAGGAACUAGUAAGUUAGAAGUGGAAAAUGCCAGGCUAAAAGCAGAACUUGCUUCUGCAAUUGCAAUUCUCUGCGGUGCUGGAUAUGGAUAUGAGUCUAUUGACGAAGGGCAAAUUGAUGCUGUAUUGAAAAAAGCAAGGGAAAAAACUGCUGAGGCACUUGCUGCAAAGGAUGAGUUUGCUUACCAGCUUCAGUCAUUGCUCACUGCAAAGCAGGAAAAAUGCUUGGCAUAUGAGAAGCGGAUCCAGGAUCUUGAGGAACGCUUAACCAACCAGUACAUGCAAGGUCACAUGGUGUCGGGAAGCAAAGGCAUGUCUGAUUCCCUGCUUUCUGCAUUUAAAAGUAAUGAGUGCAACCUGGAUUUAUCUGAAGGCAGGCAACCCCAAAUACGUGAUGAAUCAAGUGUGGCCAUGGAUGAGGUCUCUUCAACAUCUGAACAGCCAUCUAAACAAACAGAAGGUGGCGAUGAGAAUAUGACUGACAUUUCGGGUGCACUGAACUUGCAGUUGAUCGAUUCAGCAGCAUGUACUAAUCUGGAUGCUUUCAUGACAGAACUGCCACGUGAUAAUGAACACAAGAUUGUAAACAUCAAUAAGGAAGGACACAUGUUGACACAACUUACUAUGGCUGAUACUUCUGAUGUUCCUAUAGAAGAUCCUCUUAGCAACUUAAACUCAAGAACUGAUGAUCAUCAUGCCCUAGAGUUGAGGGAUAAGGAGCUCCUUGUGUCAGAGCUGCAAAACACGCUUGAUCAAAAAUCAAAACAGUUGGGUGAAACUGAAAUUAAACUUAGUGCCAUGAUGGAUGAGGUUAAUUCUCUGAAGAAAGAACUUGAACAAACCCGGGGCCUUCUUGAUGAAUCUCAGAUGAAUUGUGCGCACCUUGAAAACUGUUUACAUGAAGCAAGAGAAGAGGCCCGAACAAACAAAUGUUCAGCUGACAGAAGGGCUGUUGAGUAUGAUGCUCUGCGGUCGUCUGCUUUGAGGAUACAUGGUUUGUUCGAAAGGCUAAAUAACUGCAUCACUGCACCAGGUGUGACUGGCUUUGCAGAGUCACUGCAUUCUUUGGCUGCCUCCUUGGCAAGCUCUGUAAAGAAGGAUGAAGCUGAUACCACUGUUCAGUUUCAACAAUGCAUCAAGAUCCUGGCGGACAAAGUUUAUUUACUGACACGACAGAGUGCUGAGCUGCUAGAACGCUAUUCAGCUAUGCAGGCAGUACAUGGAGGUAUCACAAAAGAGCUGGAUGAGAAGAAAGAGCUGAUUAAGAAUCUCUACAAUAAACUUCAACAAGAAAAACAGGCCAGCAAAGAGAAGAUAUCAUUUGGUCGGUUUGAAGUCCAUGAGCUUGCUGUCUUUUUCCGAAACCCUGCUGGGCACUAUGAGGCGAUCAACCGGAACUGCUCAAACUAUUAUCUGUCUGAGGAAUCUGUUGCCUUAUUCACGGAGCAACACUCGCAGCACCCAGUGUACAUAAUCGGGCAAAUCGUUCAUAUUGAGCGGCGCGUAGCGCGUCCAGACCAGAUGGGAGGAGCUCCACGCCCUGAUAGCAGUGGCGGCCAUCGGUCGCCCGCAUCCAUGCUCAACCCCUACAACCUACCUGGGGGCUGUGAGUACUUCGUGGUGACUGUUGCCAUGCUGCCUGAUGCUGCCAGUUAAAACAAAACACCUUCCUGAUCCUGCCUGACAAUUGGCUGUUGAAAUGAAGGGAGAAAACUGUCAAAGUGUCAACUGUAUAUAUACUAAAAUUUAUUGCCAUUUGACUCUCAAUUCUCAGUUGAUUCCUCAAGUGUUGUUUGUAUGUAUGGUCAUAUUCACUGUGUAAAUAAACUCGGCUACUAAUGCUAGGCAUCUCUUCGUUCAAACUAUUUAUUCUCCUCAAUGCCAAAUCACAUACUGAUUUUAUUAA